UGCAAUAGAUUCAUAUUUAUAUUCACUCCUGCAAAUCUCAAUCUCUAAACCGUGCCUUCCAGUGUUGUUGUUUUCUUUUACUCUCACUCACAGAAAGAUGGCGGAGAUGCUCGUUACUUCUGUAACUGAACAACUCCUUGUGAAGUUGGCUUCCCAGGAGCUUUGGAGUAUGAGAAUUGGAUUAUCGAGGGAUUGGAACGGUGAGUUUGAGAGUCUGAAUGCGAAAAUCUCCAGGAUUAAUGGUCUGCUUCGUGAUGCUGAGAAGAAGCAUUUGCGUUCACCUUCGUCAAUUGAAAAUUGGAUUAGUAAGUUGAAAGGAGUAAUUUAUAGCGCAAAUGAUCUGUUGGAUGAUAUCUACACAGAAGCUUCGAGGAGGCAACUGGGGACCGGGAGAGAAAAUGCGAAUGAGGUACUCCUUUUCUUGUCACUCCCAAAUCGUCUUGUUUUUUAUUUUAAAAUGGUUCAUAAGAUGAAAAAAAUUAGAAAUAUAAUGGAUGAGAUCCAAAAGGACGGAGCUGAGCUUGGUUUACAGUGUUUGGAGGAACCUGCAGAGACUGGGAGAAGUGAAGAAAAUGUGUCUGCAAUGGCUAGCAAAUGGACGGAGAGUGAGGAGAAUUCGGAUGAAAUAGUAUUUGGUAGAAAUGACGAUAAGCACGCAAUUACAAACUUCUUACUGGAUUCUAACUAUGGAGAUAAUUUGUCAAUCAUUUCAAUAUGUGGAAUUGGAGGAAUAGGGAAGUCAACGCUUGCUCAAUUAGUGUUCCGUGAUGAACAAGUUCAAACACAUUUUGAGCUAAAACUAUGGGUUUCUUUGUCUGAUAUUGCUUUUGAUGCUAAACUCAUAGUUGAAAGGAUUUUGGAAUCUAUUACUGGAGAAAGACAUAAAAACAUCAAGAUGGAUACCUUGAUAGUAUUCCUCCAUAAAAAUAUUAAUGAAAAAAGAUAUUUAAUUGUGUUGGAUGAUGUAAGAGAGGUGGAUGAUGAGAAAUGGUUGAAAUUAAAAGAUUUAUUGCUUGGAGGUGCAAGGGGAAGCAAAAUACUAAUUACCACUCGUUCUAAAAGGGUUGCCAGGAUCACAAGAGACCGUGUACAUGAAUUAAGUGGCUUAUCUGAGGAAGAUUCUUGGUCAUUGUUAAAUCAUAUUGCAUCCAAACCAGGAAAACCGGUAAAUUUUGAACUGGAGGUACUUGGAAAGCAGAUAGCCCUGAACUGUCAGGGAGUUCCUUUGGCCAUUAAACCAGUAGGAACUGUACUGUAUUUUAAGGAUACCGUGGAUGAGUGGAAACAAGUGUGUAAUAAUGAGCUUGCAAAGGUGGAUAAGGAAAAGGGUAUCACUCACACACUUAAAUUGAAUUAUGACUAUCUUCCUUCACAUUUAAAAAAUUGCUUUGCAUACUGUGUGCUGUUCCCAAAGGAUCAUAAGUUUGAUGUGGAAAUGUUGAUUUAUCUGUGGAUGGGGCAAGGGUUUAUUAACUCAUCAGACCCAGAUGAAUGUCUUGAAGAUGUUGGCCUUAAAUAUUUUAUGGAUUUAUUGUGGAGAUCUUUCUUCCAAGAAGUGAAAUGGGAUGAACUGGGCAACAUAAAAAGUUGUAAAAUGAACAAUUUGAUGGGUGAUCUUGCUACCUCAGUGGCUGGGAUUGGGAAUAAGGUAAUAAAUACAGAUGCAGAAAAUGUCGAUGAAAAAAUAUAUCAUAUGUCACUUGGUUUCCAUUUUGAUUCAACCUGGCAGAUUCCAGUUCGUUUAUUUCGUGCACGACAAUUACGGACAUUUCUUCUGCCAAGUCAAGAAGUUUGGUUAAGCAAUGAAGGAAGAUGGAAAAUUCCAGAUUUAUUCUCCAAUUUUAGGCAUUUACAUGUGUUUGAUUUACACAAUUCUGGAAUUGAGAAAGUGCCAACUUCUAUUCACAAGAUGAAAUAUCUGAGAUAUCUUGAUGUUUCUAAAAACGAUCGAAUCAAGUCACUUCCAAAUUCUAUUACCAGGCUUAAAUAUUUGCAAGUAUUGAAACUCUCCGAUUGUGACGAGCUUAGGGAGCUGCCAAAAGAUUUGAGAAAGCUAGUUAAUCUCAGGCAUCUUGAUUGUGAGAGAUGUUGGAAUUUGAUGCACAUGCCGUAUGGCUUUGGACAACUAACUUCCCUUCAAAUGUUAACGUGGUUUGCAGUUUCCAAAGAUAGUUCUGUCUUUAAUCGUAUUGGGGGUAUGAAUGAAUUGAAUGGUUUAAACUUAAGAGGAAGGAUAGAAAUAAGAAAUCUCAAGUUUGUGAAAAAUAUAUCAGAAUUUGAGGCAGCUAAUUUAAGAGAGAAGCAGCGUCUUCAGUCAUUGAGUCUAUGUUGGAAUCGGGAUGAUGAUGACAGUGUAGACGGUGAUUAUGAUGAAAAGUCCUUGCAAAGCCUCCAGCCACAUCAAAAUCUGAAGAAGUUGAAGGUUUGUGAUUAUGGAGGUAUGAGGUUCCCAGAUUGGCUUUCUUCCCUCACAAAAUUAGUUGAUAUUUGGUUGCAAGAUUGUAAAAAGUGCGAUCAUCUCCCACAGUUGGGUCAAAUCCCAUCCCUUAAAUAUUUAGGGAUUCAAGGAUUUACUAAUCUGGAGUACGUAGAUCACGAAGGGGAUAAUUUUGGAGUCAGAGGAAAAGGAUCAACUUUCUUCCCAUCCCUGAAGGAACUCUAUCUCUUGGAUUGUCUGAUCCUGAAGGGUUGGGCGAAGAAUAGGGAUGAUUUAGGGCUUCACUUUACUAGUCUUUCUAAACUAGAAAUCCGUAAUUGCCCUCAGUUGACUUCCAUGCCGCCAUUCUCGGAGCUUGAUGAAAAGCUCUUGUUGGAGAAUUGCAGCUUAGAACCCUUGCAGCAGAAAAUAAAGAUGAUGAUUAAGGCAGUACCAUCUUCUUCUUCUUCAUCAUCAUCAAUGCUUGGGCAUCAUCUCUUCAAAUUGAAAGUCUUAUGGAUUGUGUCGAUUGAGGAUAUGGAAGCUUUUCCUGAAGAGUUGCUGCAGAACCUCUCUUCUCUUAAAGAACUGCAUCUCAUGGAUUGCCCUCGGUUAGCUAGUCUACCUCUCGAGAUGUGUCGGCUCCCUUUACGAGAAUUAGAUAUUAGAGGAUGUGCUCAAAUGAAGGAAAGGUAUGGAACUAGAAAGUGCUCCGAUUGGCCUAUAAUUUCACACAUCCCAAAUAUUCGAAUUGAUGGGCAAAAGGUUCAAUGGGCGGGCAGCUAUCUAUUGGAUCACUCUGCAAGUCCCCUCUCCAAAUUAAGGACUAUGACAGUUGAGCAUCUUGAAUAUCUACCAGAAGAGUGGUUGCCGAAUCUCACUUGCCUUCAAGAACUACAUAUUGUGCAUUGCCCCAAUUUAAAGUCUCUGCCUCGGGGGAUGCUUCAUCUCACAUCUUUAAAGGUAUUGGAUAUUAGCCAAUGUCCUCACCUGAAAGAAAUUUGCGCAAACAAAGAGAGUGUGGAUUGGCUCAAUAUUGCCCACAUCCCAAAUAUUCAAAUUGAUGGAGAAAAAAUUCAAUAGCAAGACCACUGUCUGUUUGAUAAAUAUGAACAGUUUCCUCUGAUAUUGUGCAGGCUUGCAGCUUCUAAUAUGGCUUUUGAAAGCAAAGCUGGAAAACGGAAACAAUGCUGGCUUCUCAUCAUAGAAAUCUUUCAUAGGUCAAAGGAGAAAAUAAGUCUGACGAUCUCAUUUUAGACUUACAGUUUAACGUUCAAUAAUUUGUGCAAUUUGAUGUGGCCUCAAGGAGUUUGAUAUCAUUGUGGAAAAUGAUGAGAUUCUCCACCGAUCUCUCCAAGAAGAUGCUUUAAGGUGCCUUUUACAUUUCCUGAUCCUGAAAUAUAGUUGUGUUUGUGUGGUUUUGUUGUUGUUGUGUUUUUCUUUUUCUUUUCUUUAACAUGAAAGCUGCAGCUGCUAUUUAUUUUUGCCUUGAAUCGUCCAUUAUCAAUAUGGAGUUUUAUGCAUCAUGAAAAUGAGAAGUGAGUAAAGAUGUAGCCUUUUGUGGGUCUUUCCUUUCUUCUCUUUCUUCCUUUCCACCUUAUUCUCUCUUCUUUCUAAAACCAUAACUGUCAUCAUUAUCCAUUAGCAUAUAUGGUUUUGACUAGAAUUUCAAUUUCCCUACAUCAUCAUUUAUCUCUUCAGCUUUCUGCUGCAUAAUGAAUGAGGAUCACUCUACAUGCUCAUCAUUGAAAUUCUAAUAAAGUUAGAAACAUUUGUUAAUGCAAUGGAUUCUGCCUUGACCAGAUUCAUGCUUAUAUCCUUCUUACUCGUACAUUCUUAUACUCCUUACUCUUUUCUCAUGUUAUUCUUUCCCCAUGCAUCUCUAAGCCAAUUUGUUUUUUCAUGUCUAGGAGUGAUUGGUAAGUAUAAACGUUGUGGUAGAUCAUUUUUGUUUCUCCUGUAAAAAAUAAAGGGUAAUUAAAAUAUGGUCCCUGAGAUUUGAUUAAAACUACAACUUAGUCCUUGCUUUUUUAUUGAAAAACAAUUUAAUCCCUGAGGUUUAAUUCUGUUAAGAAAAUAGCUAUUUUGUUAAAAUUUAUUGUUAGACUAUAACAGUUUAAUCAUUCAUAUUUCACUGGUUGUUAGAAUUUAGUCCCUACAGUUUUAAUAUUUGUAACAAUUUAGUCCCUUAGAAUUGGGCUCACUUCUUCGCUUCAUGGUUGGGUUUGACUAACAAUGAAUCUAAUAGAAUGACUAUUUUGUUAACAGAAUAAAAAACUAAGAGGUUAGAUUGUUUCUCAUCAAAUAAGCAAGGACUAAGUUGUAGUUUUUGCAAACCUCUGGAACUAUGUUGUAAAUUAUCCCAAUAAAUCCAUCCAAAUACGAACCAAAAUUAAGUUGAUUUCCAGAGAAGUAAAAUGUGGAAUCUCUCUCAGAGAAGUAGAUGUGUGAACUCUUUGGAUGUAUGUUUGGCAAGUAUCUUAGAAUCUGUCUCCAGGAAGCUACUAACUGAAGGUAGCUUGUUCUGUCAAGUGACCCAAAUAGGCAAACACAUCUAAUAAUUUGAUCAAAUGACCUUGUUUCAGUUUCUACUAGAAGGAAAUAUUGCCUCGACUCGAGGAAACAAAGUUAACUUCAUCCAAUGAAGCUGCCCAGGGCUUUGUGAAAAUUCGUUCUAACUUUGCUUAUGACCAGAACAUUUUCUGAUCCUUCCUAUCCUCAGCUUUUAUUAGGUGAAUUCUUAAAACAUUCAAGUACACAAAAAGUUUAUGCAAUUUAUUCCCAGAAAAGAGUUAAAACCUUAAUGCCUGUGCUUGCCUUUCCCAUAGCUAUACAGAGAAUCUCUUGCAUUUAUCAACUGUGGAGUUUAAAGGAGGGAUGUCGAUUGUUCAGUGCUUUUGUCCUCCUCUUAUGCCGAGUGAACUUCUUAAAUAUUGAGAAGAAUUUGCGCGAGUGCAUGGCUGGACUGGAAUUGAAAGAGAGCAAAGGUUUUGAUGCACAAAUUGGGGUGAGGAA